UCCAAGAAAGCAGCAUAAACAUUAUUACAACAACACAAACACACAAAUACAACUGUCACACAAUACAGACGAGUGAACACAAUAUCCAGUUCAUAUGCAACACGAGGUCGAGGAUGAAAAUCUGAAUGAAUGGUAGUCAUAAAGUAGUCAGCAGGUAGUCAUUUAUGUGACUCAUCAUAUUAUAUAACCAGUAACACCAGUAUCCAAGUGGAGCGAUACUGAUAUUGAUAUUGACAACACAAUAUGUUAAAUGACAAGAUGUUUCCACAUGUUUACUGUUGUUGCUGCGAUUUAAAUCUAAAACUUUUAACAGCUAAGCAGUGUCAUCAAGGCAAAGAGAGUUAAUCUGAGUAGCACCUUUAAACAACGAGUGAAUUAAAAUGAUUUAUAUAAGGCAUAAAAGGCAUUAAGAAAAGAUUUUGGCUCAUAUAGAUAGAUAGAUUAAGACCAAAUACUUGGUGCUUGCAUUUUCUAAAAUGUGAGAAUUUGAGGCCUUUAUGUGUCAAACAUGAUAGUUUAACUGAACAACAACAAAACAAGACGUCAACAUGAGCUCUACGAAAUUAUAAUGAAUAUGUUUUCAAACGAUUCAUCGAGAAACUAAUCAGUUAAUAAUUAAUCGAUAAUAAAAAAUAAUCGUUAGCUGCAUGGGCCUUUAAUUUGAAAUCCUUAGCCAGAAGCAGCAGACCUGUUGUGAGAAUGGUUGGCAUGGCAACGGAGAGAUUAAGGAGGGGGGGUGGUACCUUUCCACGUUGGAGACCAAUGACGGGACAGGUAGCAACAGCACCUGUAUCGCGGUGGAUAGUUUAAUUAAUUAGAGGACUGCCUGCCUGUUUUUGUGGGUUUAACUUUAAUCCCGGUCCUGCUGACUGCAGCACCAUGAUCAGCUCGGAGGGCCUGCGGCCGGCCACGAACGGCAGAAAGCCGCUGGGUAAGCUCGCCUCCCGGCUGGAGGAGGUGAAGAACCCGUGGCGGCAGGUCUCCACGCUGGAGCUCAGCCACAACGAGGCGGCGCGGCUCGCCACGGACGCGCUGCUGGAGCACGGAGAGAAGGAGUACCGGAGGGUGCUCACCGAGGAGCGGGAGCUCAACUUCCUCUCCCCGCUGGAGAUCCGCUACAUCACCCAGAAUGCAGCCAAGACAGGCGGCCCCGAGAGCAACGGCACCGGCCCCAACGACCGGGACUUCGGGGACGGCGACGCCGUGUCCGAGCUCACCUCCGGGACUUACUUCCCGAUGAUGUCCGACGAGGAGCCGCCGUUGCUGGAGCUCGGCUGGCCGGACUCCCCGGCGAGAUACGGACCGUCUGAGACGCAGAUCUACUUCCAGAGAGACAAGUCUCACAACGUCAAAGACCUCAUCAGGUCCCUCAUCAACAAAGCCAAAAAGGUGAUAGCGCUGGUGAUGGACGUGUUUACAGACGUCGACCUGCUGUGUGAUCUGAUGGAGGCGUCCAACAAACGCAAAGUCCCCGUCUACAUCCUGCUGGACGAGAAGAACCUCAGCUACUUCACAGAGAUGUGCUCAGCGCUCGACAUCCAGAACUCACACCUGAGUAACAUGCGUAUUCGCAGCGUGUGCGGGGACACGUACUGCACCAAGAGCGGCAAGAAGUUCACCGGUCAGGUCCUGGAGAAGUUUAUGAUCAUCGACUGUGAAGAGGUCAUCGCCGGGUCGUACAGUUUCACCUGGCUGUCGGCUCAGGUGCACAGCAACAUGGUGAUGCAUUUCUCAGGUCGCAUCAGCGACAGCUUCGACCGGGAGUUCCGCUGUCUGUACGCCGACUCGCAGAUCAUCGACUGUUUCUACAACCCGGAGGAGGAGGGGAUGCCGUACUACCCGUCGUACCAGGCCAUGAUGGCGCCCGGCAUGGGGCUGGGGCUGGAUUUACUCUCUGACAGGCAAAGGGAAAAGGUGUGCUCUGAAAACUCCAGCAGCCAAUCGAGUAACAGCAUGUCCAGUGUGAAGGCCGCACCUGGAAUGACCUCCAACACGGUGUACAAGGUCACUCAAGGUCACGACAAGACGGAGCUCAACGGUAACUCCCACCUCAGCCCCGAGAGGAGAGGCGGAGAAAGAGGAGGACAAACCCCGACACCUCAGAGUCACGUCACACCGGCGCCACGAGUCCCCGUCGGCAAAGGAUCCAAUCACAGCCCGGUUCCCGAUCGACCGCCGCAGAGCUACGGUCAACCAAUGGGCAUCGACUGGAGUAAGCCCAACCCGGGGGACAUCAUUAGAUCGAAUAUAGGCGGCACGUCGUCCAAGUUCCAGGCGUUGGGGUUGUACGACCACAAACCGAACAAGUUCCACAGCGCCGGACUUGCCCCCAGUAACCCCAGCCAAAACCUGAACCCCAAGACCCCGUCACCCUCCCCGGCCAACGACAGCAAACUUGCCCCCAAGCAGAGGACUUCCUCCAACCAGUUCCUCAACAAACUCCAGGAGCGCUUCCUGCCCUCCUCCAGCAAAGACAAAGAAACCUUCAACUUCCGGAGGCCGCCUUCCCCUCACAGCUCCUCGCCCUGGGGAGGACCGGACCUCUGCCCUACUGAGCCGGAGAGCCAGCAGAGCCCGCCGCCGCCGCUCUCCCCGCCCGUGCUGAUGAACCGGCAUGACCAGAAGCGAAUGACGCUGGGCCACAGCAAGCUGGACCUGGUGAACCAUUACAACAAGAUGAAAUCCAAGCAGGUGUACAGUCGCUUUGAGCUCAAGAGCUCGAAUUAAACUGAUGAGCUCAGACUGAUGUCAUCUGCAAACAUUCUCAUCCAGACUGCGUUCCCUCUGUGUCUCUUUUUACAUGUUUAUAGUGGAGAAAAGUGUCCUUGGUUGUUUUUAUAAAGUCCUUCGUCUGUU